UGUAUAAUUAAUUAAUCAUUACAUAAGGUUUUUCUGUUAUUAUUUUUUAUUAAGUGUGAUCUUUUAAUAUUGUUUCAACAUUUGCAAUAUUUUUUCAAAAUAGCUUCUUUUUUAUUUAAAAAUUCAUAGUUUUCUCUAAUACAAUGACAUCCUUUACAACCCUUAUUUUGUUGUUGAUUUGACAUGUUAAUGAUUUUUUUUUAGAUAGAAAAAGAAGAAUAGGAGGUGUGUGACGUAGCAACAAAUCUAGCUACCAUUUUUUACAUGGUGAUGCUAGAGUCGUUUGUAUUGCGUCACUCAUCAGAUUUAUUAGUUUAUUUUUAUUCAGUUGCUUCCUUAGCUUUCAGUAAGUCAUAUUUCUUAACGUUGUGUAUGUCUUUUUUUCCUAACUAUUCUCUCUUCUUUUCAUUUUAUUUUGUCACUCCACUUCGUCACUUUUUGUAAGUAGUUUUUCCCACCUUUUAACGGCUUCAAAACUUUGGCAUCAGUAUCCUAGUAAAUGGUAAGUUAUUUUGGGUCUUUUGGAAUUGGGAAUUUAUUUUCUUUAACUAUCUUUUUCUUUUUUUUGGUUGGGCUGUUCACUUCUUUUUUGGGCUUUAUGGUUUUUUUGUUUCUUUCUUAUUAUGCUGUUCCUUUCCUCACCAUUUCGUCUCCUAUCAUUUUUUUCCAUCGCUGUUUCAUUUCCUAUCAUUCAUUUUCUAUCUCCAUUUCAUUCCAUAUAUUCUUUCAUCUCCAUUUCGUCCUAUAUCAUUUUUUUCUAUCACCAUUUCAUUCUACACCGCUUUUUCAU